AUGGGUGAAAUAGCUCUCCCAAAUGGGAUUAGCAAUGGCCAAACCCAUUCUCUGAAUGGUUACAGGAAGAGUUGUUGGUAUGAAGAAGAGAUCGAAGAGGACUUAAGAUGGUGCUUUGCUCUCAACAGCAUAUUGCAUACAGGAGCUAGCCAGUACCAAGACAUUGCAUUGUUGGACACAAAGCCCUUUGGAAAGGCUUUGGUAAUUGAUGGAAAGCUUCAGAGUGCAGAGACAGAUGAAUUUAUCUACCAUGAAUGUCUUGUUCAUCCAGCUCUUCUUCACCAACCUAACCCAAAGAAUGUCUUCAUUAUGGGAGGAGGAGAAGGGUCUACUGCAAGAGAAUUGCUUAGGCAUAAGACCAUAGACAAAGUUGUAAUGUGUGACAUUGAUGAGGAGGUGGUGAACUUCUGCAAAUCAUACCUAGUUGUGAACAAGGAAGCAUUCCGUGAUCCGAGACUUGAGGUCAUCAUCAAUGAUGCCAGGGCUGAGCUAGAAGCCAGAGAUGAGAGCUAUGAUGUGAUAAUUGGCGACUUGGCAGACCCAAUUGAUGGUGGUCCUUGUUAUAAACUUUACACCAAGUCCUUCUAUGAAUUCAUUGUCAAGUCUAGACUGAAGCAAGGUGGCAUAUUUGUGACACAGGCAGGACCAGCUGGAAUAUUUAGCCACACGGAAGUGUUCUCGUGUAUCUACAACACCUUGAGACAAGUUUUCAAGUAUGUUGUGCCUUAUUCAGCUCAUAUCCCAUCCUAUGCUGAUAUUUGGGGAUGGGUCAUGGCUUCCGAUUCUCCAUUAGACCUGAAUGCAGAAGAGCUAGAUCUGAGAAUGAGGCACAGGAUAAUGGGUGAAAAUAGAUAUCUUGAUGGAAAAACAUUCUCAUCAGCAUCAACUUUGAGCAAAACUGUUCGCAAGUCGCUGGACAAUGAAACUCAUGUAUACACAGAGGAAUCUGCUAGGUUCAUAUACGGCCAUGGCAAGCACGCAUAGCCAAGCUUGAGAAGUGAAACAAAAAAGUAAUGCAAAAAAGGACACACAACGCAAGUGAAAAGGCUUUCAAGAUUUUCUUUCAUCUUAUGUAUUUCCCUUGUUCUUUUCUUUUUACUUUUGGUGUGUACUUCACAUGAAAAAGGCUUACAUGAUAUAUGAAUGGGCUACA